AUGUCCUCGUCGAAAAAUUAUAAAUUGGAAAUUUCCCCUAGCAUCAACCAAACUAGUUCAACAGAAUCGCAGAAUUUAUUGAAAUUUACUGUACAAAGCAAUACCCCCAAUAAGAUUAUUCAAUAUAGAUUACCAAUCAUAGUACUAUUGGGCAGUUUCGCUGUGGCAUAUAUUAUACAGAAUAUAGAGCAAUUAAAGAGUUAUGAUAUAGAUGUAUCACAUCAUGGUAUUCUUUUGAUACUGGUUGUUGGAAUAGCGCUUCUAUUAUGUCUUCAGACCCCCAAAGACACCAUUAUUGUUAUGAGAGGUAUAGGUAUCCAAUUACAAAGUAAGAAAAUAUGGCGGUUCCAAUCAUCUGAUUCGUUUAUACCGAUAAAUAAUAUGAUUGAUUUGGUUAUUCAUGAAGGAUUCCACGACUAUGGACAGGUUAUAUUUUAUUUGUGUGUUUUGACGAAAGCAGCUAAUGAUAAGAAUCCAAUUACAAUUGUUUUCCCAGAAUUCUUACCCCGUAAAGAUAUACUUUUGACAGUUUGGAGACUAAGUAGAGAAUUGCUAUUUGGAAGCACAAAUCGAUAUUGGAGAAGAGUACCUGGUCAAGGUUUAAAACAAGUUGUUUAG